AUGUGUUCAACAACAUAAGUAUAUUGAACAGUAAAUUAAUAAGGUUUUGUUUAUAGUUUAUGUAGAGCUCUGGUUUACAUAAGAUUUCUGGAAGGAUGAACACGUUAAAGUUGAUCAGAAAUAAUUGGAAGAAAAGCCUUUUUCUGUCAUGUGUUGUUGGAUAUGGAGUAUCCACUAUAAAAACCAAAUUAGACAUUAAACUUUAUAUGAACAAAUUAUCAAAUGAAGUAUUGCAUAGUAAUCAAACAACAAAUGUCCUUCCAAAAAAUGUGCUUGUGAUUAUGAAUCCAAUUGCCAAGAAAAAAAAGGCCGAAAAUUUGUUCAAAAAAUACUGUGAACCGUUAUUGCAUUUAGCUGGCUUUUCUGUUGAAAUACUGCGAACGAACCACAUCGGUCAUGCCAAAACAUAUGUCGAGGAAAUGAGUGCCCUACCAGAUGUUAUUGUUGUAGCCGGCGGAGAUGGUACAAAGUCUGAGGUGGUUACCGGACUGCUGCGCCGUCAGGGCGAGAUAUGUCCCAUUUCCCUCCUUCCGCUGGGACGGGAAAAAGCAUCUGGUUUCAACUUUUUUAACUUUGGGAGCGAACUGGAAUUUGUGAAGACGUUAUGUCAGGCUCUGUUGCCCCUACUAAAUAACCAAUAUAAAUAUGCCGAUGUCAUUCAAUAUGAUGUACUCGAUGAGGAGAACAACAAUGAGAACGACAGCCCCAGCAACAGUUUAAAGCCGAUUUUUGGCAUAAAUGGUUUCUCGUGGGGCCUUUUGAAAGAUAUUGACACCCUGAAGGAUAAAUAUUGGUAUGUGGGCCCGCUGAGACAUCAUCUGGCUGCAUUUUUCCGAUCAUUUUCUGCAACUGCCAAUUGGGACUCGAAGACAGAUUAUGUUUACACUCCGCCGUGCCCUGGCUGCAGCAAUUGUUGUGCCGAAGUUGAAGAUCAGCCCACAAAGGGAUUCUUUUUGAGCAAACUCGUGAAAACUCAAAAUAUGAGCCGAGCUGCAACGCAAAAACUAAUUAAGAACGAUAGUUGCGCUACAAAACUUAGUGGUUGCAUUAACUCAAAUCAAAUUAAUAUUAAUCUUAGUCACAACGAGGAGAAUUUUUCAGAAUUGGAAAGUAAAUUUAUUGAUUCCCUGCAGCCGGGAUGGGAUUUCAUUAAAAAUAUACCAAAAAUUACGAAUAAAACUGUGGAACCUAAUUUGGUACUCAAGAGUAGAACUAUCAAACUGUAUCCCUCAGUGAGUGAUGAGCCAAUCUUUUACUCCAUAGACGGAGAGGAAUACGAACCCCGACCCAUUCAAGUGUCAAUUGUGCCUAAUGCUAUUAAAGUUUUUUGUUAA